CGCGUGUCAUUGUCAUCACCAAUUCACUGAUCUCUCUCUCAUCAUCAGGUAAUCGACAAUCUUCAAUCUCAAUCUGAUCUUAAUCUUCCAGAUAAGGAAUCACCUCCAUUGUUACCCCCAUCCUAAACCUUCCAUUCUUCACAAUUUCCCGCUUCGUCUCUCCAUUUUCCACUCAAUUUGUUCUUCACUUCUGCAAAUCAUAGCAAAAAAUCCCAUCUUCAAAACCCCAAUCUAAAUUAAUCUCCGCUUUUAGGGGUUUUGGGACGAUAAGAUUUGGGAUGAUGGCAUCAACAUUUAACAUCCCCUGUAAUGCUGGAUCAGUAAAGAAUUUCAACAAUUCUCAGAGGAAUUUAGGGUUCAGCUCAAAUUUGGGGAUUAAUUUCGCGAAAACUAGGUUUUCGAAUUGCGGAGAUUCUGGCCGGAUUCCAUCGCAAUUGGUGGUGAGGGCAAGUGAGAGACGAGAUAAUUUGACCCAGCAGAAGACAGGGUUGAGCAUUGAAGAAUGCGAAGCUGCUGUUGUGGCUGGGAAUGCACCCUCUGCUCCUCCUGUUCCUCCCACACCUAAAGCACCUUCUGGAACACCGUCUGUCUCUCCCCUUUCAUUGGGUCGACGUCCACGUCGUAACCGGAGAUCACCUGUAUUUAGAGCAGCAUUUCAAGAGACAACCUUGUCCCCUGCAAAUCUGGUUUACCCAUUGUUCAUUCAUGAGGGAGAAGAGGACACGCCUAUUGGAGCAAUGCCUGGAUGUUAUAGACUUGGGUGGAGGCAUGGCCUUGUAGAAGAGGUAGCAAAAGCACGUGAUGUUGGUGUUAAUAGCAUUGUUCUUUUUCCAAAAGUUCCUGAUGCUUUGAAGUCACCAACCGGUGAUGAAGCAUACAAUGAAAAUGGUUUAGUUCCCCGGACUAUACGAAUGCUGAAGGACAAAUUUCCUGAUCUUAUAAUUUACACGGAUGUUGCCUUAGAUCCAUAUUCUUCUGAUGGGCAUGAUGGUAUCGUUAGAGAAGAUGGUGUAAUUAUGAAUGAUGAGACAGUGCACCAAUUAUGCAAACAAGCUGUAGCCCAGGCCCGUGCUGGAGCGGAUGUUGUCAGUCCUAGUGAUAUGAUGGAUGGUCGUGUAGGUGCAAUUCGUGCAGCGCUUGAUGCAGAAGGAUAUUCAAAUGUAUCGAUCAUGUCCUAUACGGCAAAGUAUGCAAGUUCAUUCUAUGGUCCAUUCCGAGAAGCUCUUGACUCUAAUCCACGCUUUGGGGACAAGAAAACUUAUCAAAUGAACCCAGCAAAUUAUAGAGAGGCUUUGAUUGAAACUCAAGAAGAUGAGUCGGAAGGAGCUGAUAUCCUAUUGGUAAAACCCGGACUUCCAUACUUGGACAUUAUCAGGCUUCUUCGGGACAACUCAGCUUUGCCUAUUGCUGCAUAUCAGGUUUCUGGUGAGUACUCCAUGAUAAAGGCGGGCGGGGUUCUGAAAAUGAUUGAUGAGGAGAAGGUCAUGUUAGAGUCGCUUUUGUGUCUGCGUCGAGCUGGUGCCGACAUCAUUCUUACAUAUUUUGCUUUACAAGCUGCAAGAUGUUUGUGUGGAGAGAAGAGAUGAUUCCCUUUUGGGGUCACCAUGGAUUACAUGAUUGGAGAUGAGCAGUGAAAUUUGCAGUUGUUCUCUGUUGUUCUUAGACGAGUGUUUAGCUAGUUUUGUCUAGUUUUUUACCGCCUUAAUUAGUUCUCAAGAAGAACAUUAGGGGAAUUAGGUUAAAAAUAGGAAGAGCUUUUACACAAUUAUAUUCCUAAUAUUGUACCAAGAGGUCUUUGCACGUAUCAUGUGUACAAUAAAUUUACUGUAGAGGGGCUUGUAAGUUGCAUCACCCCCUUGCCGCUGUAUUUGUAAAUGUCUAAUGGUAAUAUAUGAUUAAAAGUUCUGCUA